AUGCAUGCAGGUAGUUCAAUAAGAUCCUGAAUAAAUACUGAAGUUAGCUAUACAUCCGUAUAAAUACUGAAGUUAGCUGCGUGAAGUUGGCUAUAUUUAUCUCGUUCCCGACGACCUCUGUCAAACUUCAUCGAGUUUCUUCUUGCAAACACGUUGGACACGUUUCGACUUCUAUUGCGUUUUGUGCGAGAAAACAUUGUUGCGCUGGCGCGUAACGCGAAAAAAUUCAGCACGACUCGAUAUCCACUUAAUAAACCCAUUGGAUUUAACGGUUCGUUAAUGCCAUUGAAUCGAAGAAAGUAAGCUAGCUAUUUUCAUAGCCCGGGCAUUAUCGUGUGAAAUUGGUUCAACACUUUCACAACGGGAAAUCUAGAGAUAUCCAGAAUAUCUUUUUGUACGAAAUUUUGGACAGGUUAAUUUUGUCACGUUUUGUAAUUUAUACAUUGUUAGGAGUUGAAAAUUCUCUUUUUCGUGAUUUUGAUGUUCUUCUGGAAUUUAGUUACAGUUCAAAUUAAUUAUAGUGAGCUAUACGUAAAAGAAUUAAAAAGACACCAGACAGAAUUCUUUAACUAAUUGUAUAUAAUAAUUAUAACUUUUUAGCUUUUUCCAUGGUUUGUAAUAUUAAUACUUUAAUUGAUUUUCCAUUGGCCAUUUUUUUCUCUUUGGGCAACUCUCGUGGACUUUUCUCCUUGAAAUAAUUAUACGUAACAGGUAUAAAUAUUUUCGUUAAUUUCCCAUGGAAAAAACAAAUAUUUUCGUGUAAUUUUAAAAAGAAAGAAUCUUUCUCUCUAAAGACUUUUGUUAUCAGAAAUCUUAAUGUUAAACUUAACCUCUUGCGCUGCAAUGGCCUGCCAAGCACGUCGACAAUUGUUCCAAAAUUGCAAUAUUUUCUCAGUUUUAAUGAUAUCAUACCGACGGUAGUUCAAAAAGAAAGCGACGAAUUAUUGUAUACGGUUUGGUCACUCGUUAUGGUCCGCGAAUCAGUUGCCAGCGCAGGAGAGGUUAAUAUUAAAAAAAGGUUAUGAAUUGAAAAGAAAAGUUUUUAAAAGAAACUUCCUCUCCAGAAAGUUGGAGAUCUUAAUUAUGAACUCACAAAUCUCAUUGCAAUGAAAAUUUAAUCUUCAAACGGGUAACCUAAUAGACUGUUGAUUCGUUUAUCGGUUUCGACCGGGGAAUUCUGAAUUUCGUGUUCCGUGAAUCUCACACGGUGCCUCCGCGUGUAGGCGUACGAUCCCUGUAGGUUAGCGCGUUCUCCCAUUGUGAGAGGCAUUCUAUGCGGGUCGCAGGUUACAUGCCCACGUUUAGAAAGUAACCAGUUGCCAGCACGGUUCUCCCUUCUUUCGUAUAGCGCCACGAUCGGCCGAUCUGGCCGAGCAACGGGCCCCAUUGCGGUUUUCUCACUGCUCCGUAUUUCAUAACUUCUUUCCUUCAAUGCUCAGUGUCUCUUCGACGUAUUUUUUUCUUUCUUUCUCUCUUUUUUCUCUCUCUUCAUUCUCCCAUUUUUCGUCCUCAACUAAUCGUUUCAACGACGUCAUUCCGCUACCGUGGAAUUUCUCUCGGCCAGUUUGUUUUCGAUCCGAUUUCGAAAUUUAUUUCGUUAGAUGCACAGAUGAAAGUAUGAAAUAUACGAGGUACUGAGGGAGUUUGUUUGCUCGAACGUUAUCGAUCAAUUAAUAUACAUCGAAAAUAUUUUUCAAGCUAAUGGAUGUUUGA